AUGUCAUUUUCACAACUAACUCAAUCAACAGAUCAACAACAACAACAACAACAACAACACCACAACCACAACCACAGAAAUGAACUAAAUAGUAGUUCAAAUAAUAACUUUGUAUUUAAUGAUAUAACCAAUAAUAAUAAUAGUAAUAAUAAUGGUCAACUAGCACAAGGAUCAUCUCCUUUGAAACAACAGCAACAACAACAACAACUAAUACAACAACAAGCUAGUUACUAUUGUUUAUUGGUGAAAGAGUAUUCAUCAGCAGAGAAUGUUGAACUUCCACAAGACAACAACAACAACAACAAUCAGACUACCUCUUCUGAUUUAUACCACAACCAACAACCAAAUCGUAAUAGUUAUACACUCAAUAUAAUAUUGUCAAAUGGAGACGAUAUUCAAAAGCUAAAUGUAAAGUCAUUCAUUCAUACUAAAUCAUCAAAGAAUAUGAUUUACAAGACUGGUUCAAUCGGUCAAAUCGAAGAUCCAAACUCAUCAUCAAAUAAUACAAAUACAAAUACAACUGCUACUACAAAGACUGUCAUAUCAUGUUAUUAUACUCUUAUGGAAGUAGAACAACAACAACAAAUAUUACAACAACAACAACAAACAUCAACGUUGAAAUUACCAACAACACCAACAAUGAAAAGAAAUACAUCAUCAUCAUUAUUAUUGGAUUUGGAGGAUUUGGAUGAUGUUGCCAAUGAUGAUAUAGAGAAUAUUGGUUCAAUGGGUAUAAGUAGUGAUGGAGAGAAAUCAAAUAUGAGCAAUAGUCUAUCACAACUAAAUAUCAAUAGUAUCUUGGAGGAUAUUGAAGACUUGGAUUUUGGUGCAUUCAAAGAUAGUACAACUUCUACCAUUAUCACUAUUGACAAUGUUGAUAAAAUGGACCAAGAAGAAGAAGAAGAAGAGGAUUUUGAUAUACAAACAACAACAACCAAAGAAUAUUAUCUAUGUCUUUGUUAUGAACAUUUGGAAAAGGAAGAAAAUAGAAUCGAAGCAUAUCAUCUAGAAUUGGGUGAUUUCUGUAAAGAUAUCUCAAACUUGAUUAAAGUUGAUAAUAAUAAUAAUAAUCUAAAUGUAAAUAAUGAAUUAAAAUCAAUGUUGUCAAAUUGGUAUUCAAUUUGUAUAAAUUAUAUACCAAGAAUAAUUGAUUUAUUAAAUGAUCAAUUACCAUUGGUAAUACAUGCAGCAUUGUCUGGAUAUUCAUUUGAUGUAUAUAUGCCAAAAUCAGAAUCCAAAGACUUUAUUAGUUUUAUUAGAUCUAUUAGUAUAUCCAAUCAUUCUGCUACUUUAAUAUCUCAACCUCAAUUAAUAUCAUUGGACGAUACCAUUAAUAAUGGUAAUAAUUAUCAUUAUCAAUUACAAACAAAUACUGCAACCACAACAACAACAACAACAAAUACAUUGGAAUUAUUAAAACAACAACAAGAUAUAAUACCAAUCACUGUAAAUUCAAAUAAUCAUAUAACAUUCAAUUAUAAUGGAAACAAUUUAUUUUGUAAGAAAUGGAGUAAGAAAUUUUAUGAUAACAAAUAUGAUAGUUUAUUAUUACGAAAUUUGAUGGAAGAUAUUAGACUUAGAGUCAUUCAAGAGUUAAAUUUAUUCCGUCGUAUGGUUGAUUCAUCGAAAUUAAACAACUAUCUAUUAUACAAAUGUUAUCUAUUUUUACUUGCAAAUGAUAACUCUGACAUUAUGUUACACCUUUUAACAAAAGAUAAUCCCGAACAAUCCAUCAAAGAAUUAUUAUUGAUUUUAACAGAUCAAUUAAAUAUUAAAUAA